AUGUUCUCCUUUCUCAAGAUUAUUGUCAACGACGACGAUAAAACUGUAGUGUCUGAGAAUUUCAUGAACAAAAUGAAGGAACUUACGAAAUCUGAGGUAGUUUUGGCGUGCACACCUCAGCGAAGUGGACGAUUUCUCCGUUCUCUCAGUGGGGGAGCGAUCAGUGGACCACGGUCAACACAUGGCCUUACAACAAUAUAUUCUGCAGCUGGCCUUAAAGCUCGGUGGUGCGGCAAGGUGAUGAAAGUGAAACGUGAACUUUGCUCGAGGCCUUCGGCCGCAGCGGAUUUCGAGGCAUUUACGCUCACGGUGAAGGCAAGCUCAGCGGGUCCCUCAGCAUUCGCUUCGACGUACUCCAUACGCCAGAAGCAUCCAUUCAUUCAGUUGGAGACAGAGGCAAAGCAUGUUGCAAUGCACAACUGCGAGAUUUGGGAAAUACCAUUGGAAGCUGAAAGAACACGGUUCAACCUAUGCUUGAUUCGCCCUCGUUUUAUUGGAGAAAUAGUGAAAUUGAAAUUUCGGAUAUUAGGAGAGGAUCUGAAAGACAUAUUGGACGGAUUGCUCAAGGCAAAGAGCGAGAAGCACAGAAUUUUACUGCCAAUGUUUUCGCUCAGUGGUGAAGAGAAUAUGUGCAACGUUUGGAUGAAAAACGCUACAACCGAUGCUAUGGAGACAACCGGCGCUAUCCCGCCGCUUGAAGCGAUAUGGAAUGUAGCCAGAAUAUCGGUCAGUGUAGAUGGAAUCGGAACAAAAAAUCUCAAGUUAGAGCCUUGUCCACGACUAUCGUCGUCUUACCGUCGCAGUUGUGGACUGGAUGAUCUGUCUCACCCUCACACUGCGUUCACGGCUUCCAUCGAUUCGGCGUUUCUUUUCGUAGUGACCGUUAGAGGAGUCCUACCACUCCUCUCAGGUUGCUACGCCGGUUAUCCUGCACCGAUGAACUCUGCCUACACGAUUCUCGCUCCAGAGAAGUAA